CCGCAACCAGAGUUCACCCAGCCUCGGAAGGGAUAGCACGCGGGCUCUCCUGUCGUCCCUCACUAAACCUGCCUCCCAAUUCAUUGCUUGAAACUACAUUUGUGGAUUCCGGAGAGUGAGGCAGUGAAAUCCAUAGUGGACGAAAAGAAGAAAAAAAAGUAAUCAAAAAAGUUCUCAAAGAGUGAAAUACCUCGACAUUCAGUGAUUUUAACAUUCCUUUGAUGUCAACGUCUGUGUUGAAAACCAUGGCAACGACAGGUCAACGCGGCGACAAAGGUGGUGGCCGGGUGAUGUUCGGUGUGGCCGGUGUGAUCCUGGCGGCGUCGUUCCUGUUCAUGAGAACGCCCGUGCAUGAGACCCCAGCACCUACGCCGACCGCUGCUGUUAUCGACUAUGACCCAUGCUGCGCCUACCCUUGUGAGAACCAGGGUAUCUGCAUGUCCAAGCCCGACCGAAACUACACAUGCGACUGUACUGGCACUGGACACUACGGAACCAACUGCGAAAUACCUACUUGGUCGACAGCGAUUAAAAACAAACUGAAACCAGACCCUGAAUGGCUGCACACAUUCAUAACUUCCAAUGGCUGGGUGUGGGCGAUUAUCAACCGUCUUCCCUUCAUCCACAAGCGACUGAUGACAUACGUCUAUCUUUCCCGCGGAGACCUGGUCGAUUCUCCUCCCACUUAUGAGAGUGAACAUUCCUACAUCACCCUCAAUGCUUACUACAACGAGAGCUUUUACGGCCGAGCCCUGCCGCCCGUCCCUGAACACUGCCCCACACCCAUGGGGGUCAAAGGCCCCAAGGAGUACCCCGACGCCGACGAACUCGUCAAGAGAGUGUUCUUGAGGCGCGAAUUCAUCCCGGAACCUCACGAAACCAACGUCUUGUUCCAGUACUACGCUCAGCACUUCACUCACCAGUUCUUCAGGACCGACUACAAGAAGGGACCUCACCUCACCAAGGGCACUGGCGGCGUUGACGUCUCAAACAUCUACGGACUCACUGAGCAGGACCGCCGAGCACUGAGGUCUGGCGUAGACGGCAAAUUGCGCACCCAGAAAAUCAACGGCGAGGAUUUCCCACCUUACCUCAAGGACGUUCCCGGGAUCUCCAUGGACUACCCCCCCCACAUUCCCAUUCCUGAGGAAGGCAAAUUCGCGCUCGGUCACCCUUUCUUCGCUCUCCUUCCUGGUCUCUUCGCCUAUGCUACGAUUUGGGUUCGUGAACAUAACCGCGUGUGUGACGAACUCGUCAAAGUCCAUCCUGACUGGGAUGACGAGAGGAUCUACCAGACCGCUCGCCUUAUCAUUACCGGCGAGGUCAUCAAGAUCACCAUUGAGGAUUACGUGCAGCACCUGAGCCAAUAUAAGCUGAAGUUGACCUUUGAACCCGAGUUGACGCACGGCACUCGCUUCCAGUACCACAACCGCAUCCACGCUGAGUUCAACCACUUGUACCACUGGCACCCACUGAUUCCCGAUACUCUCAAUGUGAGCGGGACAGAUUACGCAAUCAUGGACAUGGCUUACUCUACCGCCCCGGUGUUCAAGCACGGUCUGGACGAGUUCAUUCACUCCAUGGUCAAUAGCAGAGCUGGCGCUCUAACGACCCGUAACCACGCCCACGCGCUCUACCCCGUGCUGAAGAAGGUCAUCGAGAACGGGCGGGAGAUGCGGUUCCAGGGCUUGAACGCUUACCGCAGGCGCUUCGGCAUGGUGCCCUUCACGAGCUUCGAGGACUUGACAGGCGAGGCCGAGCUGGCUGCCACCCUGGAGGAGCUGUAUGGAGACAUCGAGGCUGUAGAAUUUUAUGUUGGUCUGCUAGCCGAGCGCCCCGGCCCCUCCAUCACGCCCCUCACCAUGGUCAACGCCGGAGGCCCCUGGAGCGUGAAGGGCCUCCUCGCGAACCCCAUCUGCAGCCCCCGCUACUGGAAGCCCUCGACCUUCGGCGGCGAAGAGGGCUUCAACAUCAUCAAGACGGCGUCCCUCGAGAAGCUCUUUUGCCUCAACAUGAAGGGGAAAUGCGAAGGCAUCGCUUUCACGGUCCCGCAAGGAACCCCUUAGGAUACUCAUCUAGGAUUCAGUUUAGGAAUUAUCAAAUUAUCUUUUUUCUACAUAUUUUCUACUCCUGUGAAUGUAUAUGAGUGAGUGGUUGUUAGGGGGAAAAAAGUGAACCCUACGCUGGGAUCUCUAUUCGUGAGAACAGAGCGAGUCAGUAAGGGACACGUUUUCCCCGUUAGAAUGUCACCUUGUUUUUAAGUUAUUUAUUUUUUUUCCCACACUCUUUGAGUUAUUCCAUCUCUACCUCAUUAGACAAAUGGGUCUCAAGCUGCUUACCACACAGAGGAAGAGUGUAAGCUGCUGUUCGAGAAAGCUGUUUUGUGUAAUGACCAGGCAUUAGAUAGUCAAGAUGGUAAAGACGUUCCUCAAAGCUGUAGAGUAUUUGCCAGUGUGCUAAGUACGGAGAUUAUUAGUCACUGUGUAUAUACUACUUCAUGCACUUAGGGUUAGGUCACACACACACACACACACACACACACACACACACACACACACACACACACACACACACACACACACACACACACACACACACACACACACACACACACACACACACACACAAA